UUGUCAAGACAGGUUGAGCUGUUUGAGAAUCCCCUGACACCACGUGGAUUCACGUGAUCACCACGUGGCAUCACGUGAUGUCUCAAUCACAGUUUGAAAACAUUAAAGUCGCACUUGGUGAUCAGCUGGCUAUCUUGGUUUUAGUGCUCCUCAUCUGAAGUGUCAGUUACAGCCCACAUACAGUAACAUCAGCUGCCCGCAGUCAUGUAUUUCUUUCUGUCCAUCAUAUUGCUGGUCGUGUCGACGUGUAUGGCCUUUCAACCAGGUGAAGUCAGAGAGGUAACAGGACUAAAUGGCAGCUGUCCCAUUGUCAAGUUCGCAGUCGAGGCCAUCAACAAGAAGCUAGGGGUCAUUAGAACAUUCUGUAAUGUUUCGUCAGCCUAUGUACAGACUGUCGAGGGUGAAAAAUGGUACCUGGACCUGGUCUUAACCGCACCUGGAAAGAAGGUUGACCUGUGCCACGUUGAAGUCUGGUCCCGCCCAUGGCUGAUCGCCAGCGAAGCACUUGUAACUACCAGGGAUCCAUUCUGCGUUGAUGAUGCUAGUCAUGCAAAACCAGUUGUGGUCAACAUCAACAGCACCGAGGUCCAAAAAGCCCUGAGCUUCGCUGAGUGCAAAUUGAACAACAAUUCAGAUUGUCCCGUCCUGUGGAAAGCUGUGUCCAUCGGUCAAGUCACUUCUCAGUUUUUGUCUGGAACUUAUUACAACUUCACUGACGUGGUUUGGUCCCCAACCAACUGCUCCAAGAAGACCACCCACUCGCUCACUCCUGGAUGUGUCCCUACUAAAGAUGUUACAUGCCCCGCUUGUCACUUCGGUGUGUGGGAGGCAUGGAUGCAACCCAUGUUCAAGCUGAACAACAACAACUGUACACUCAAACCCCACCUCCUAUCGAAGUAAGCUGAUGACUGUGCAUCAUUGGAUUGACUUCUCAGUCAGGAGGGGAGCACUUUUGAACC